UUUCCCUAUCCCAAUGUCUCUGGCCUACAUGGAAAAAAGGUACCAAGCCAUUAAGAACAAAGAGCAUGAACUUAACUACACCUUCAACCCUGUCUCAAAGAAGAGAUCAGCAUCCAGCACAUAUCUGACUGGGAGCAAGAGACUUAAGAGACAUCCCUACUUUGAAGAAAUUAAAUAAGGAUUAUACCACUGAUGCUAAAACUUGGAGUAGUUAUAUGAGUUAUGAGAAGCCGGCAGAGGAUCCAUAUGGAGAGGUUAGGUAUGAACGGAAUGAUUAUAAGACGAUCAGUAUGUUCAAAUCGCAUAGAAAAAGACCCAGAUCGAGGCUUAAUAAUUUUUAUAAGGUUGCUGAGAAUUUACAUAAUUCUUACAGUAAGAAGAGAAUGACGAAAAAGAAACAUGAGGAAGUUUUUGGGUGGAAGAAGCGUGUCUAUAUAAACCCUAAAUUUAGGAAUCAAAAUAUAUCAUUUAAAAACUGGAAGAUCAAUGGAUCUGUCAAGAAAAGAUCGCCGACAGCUUAUGGAAAUUUCAAUAUUUAA